GCGGCCCGUGCGGUUGAAGACAUGGACGACGCGCAGUUGGCAAUCCGGCGUCGCUUGGCGGAGAUCAUAUGUUCGCCGCGCAACUCCGAGGCGGGGCCGUCCGGGAUGUGUGGCCGUGCGGCGAAGCGGCCCUGCGGCUGGCCGGGCUCCUCUUCGUCGAUGGCUGCGGGAGCGCCACCCGGAAGGGAGGCAGCAAAGAUAGAGCCGAGUCGAAGGUCGCGGCGGAUACAGAGGUCUGUACGGGAAACAGCCUCUCCGCCGAAAAGGCAGCGACGCGAUUCCGUUCAGCCAUUAAGUGGGUACCCCGAUUCGGUGUGUACCCCGGAGUUAGAUGUGAAAAAAACGCCGGCGUUGGAUCAAAAGAGUGAGAUCGCGAAGGAAUGUGCCUCUGUCGAUUCACGGAACGAUUUCCAGGCGAAAUCAAACGGUACUGCUGAGCUAGAGAAUGUUUCCAAGAUUCAGUUCAAUUGGAAGUCGCCCAGGGAUGAGGUUGCGGGGAAGGAAUGUGCCUCUGUUGUGGAACCACUGAAUGAUCACGUGGGGUCAUCGAAUGGUACAGCGGAGUUAGAAGCUACCAAGACUGAAUCGACUCGGAAGUCGCUCCGGGGUGAGAGGGCAGUGAAGGAAAGUACCGCAGUUGCGGAACGAAACGACCUCGAGGAACCAUCGAAUGGUACUGCGGAGUUGUAUGAAGCUACAAAGACAGAUUCAAAUCGAAGGUCGCGCCGGGAGGAGGCUACAAAGUCUGAAUCGAAUCGAAAGUCGUCCCGAAGUGAUAUAGUCGCGAAGGAAAGUGCCUCUGCUGUUGAAUCACAUAAUAAUCACAUGGGGCCACCGAAUGGUACUGCGACGUUGGAGGCUACCGAGUCUCCAUCGAAACGAAACUUGCGCCGAAGUGAUAGGGUAGCGAAGGAUUUGUUAAACUCUGUUGUUGAUGCACAUAAUAAUUCUGGGAAGUUAGAGGAGGCUAUCAAGUCUGAAUCGAAUCGAAAGUCGUCCCGAAGUGAUAGGAUAGCGAUGGAAAGUGUCUCGGCUGUUGUAUUACAGAAUACUCACUUGGGGACAUCGAAUGAUCUGGCAAAGUUGGAGGAGGCUGCCAAGUCUCAGUCGAAUCGAAACUUGUGCAGAAGUGAUAGAGUAGCGAAGGAAAAUGCCUCUGCGAUUGAUUCACAUAAUCACAUCGGGCCACCAAAUGAUACUGCGAACACGGAGGCUACCAAAUCUCCAUCGAAUCGAAAUUUGGGUCGAUGUGUUAGGGAAGCGAAGGAAUUGUUGAACGCUGUUGUUGAUACACAGAAUAAUCUCAUGGGGCCUUCUAAUGUCACGGGGAAGUUAGAGGAUACUACCACCAGGUCUCCAUCGAAUCCAAACUUGCGCCGAAGUGAUAGGUUAGCGAGGGAUUUGUUAAACUCAGGUGUUCCUCGGAAUAAUCAUAUCGGGCUUUCGAAUAACACUGGAAAGUUAGAGGAGGCUACCGAGUGCGAAUCGAAUCGAAAGUUGCCCCGAAGUGAUAGGAUAGCGAUGGAAAGUGCCUCGGCUGUUGUGUUACAGAAUACUCACGUGGGGACAUCGAAUGAUCUUGCGAAGUUAGAGGAGCCGGCGAAGUCUCAGUCGAAUCGAAACUUGCGCCGCAGCGAUAGAGUAGCGAAGGAACGUGCCUCUGCGACUGAAUCACGAUAUCUCGUCGGCCCAUCGAUAGGUACUGCAGAGUUACAAGGUGCUAGAAAGGCCGGAUCCAAUCGAAAGUCGUUCCGGGGUGUUAGGGUAGUGAAGGAAAGUAAAUAUGUCGAACCACGGAAUAACUUCGAGGAGUCAUCGAACGGUACUACAGUGUUAGAAAAGGCUGCAAAGACUAUGUUGAAUCGAAAGUCGCUUCGGGGUGAUAAGGUAGAGAAAGACAGUGCUGCUGUUAUUGAACCGCGGGAUGAGUUCGAGGCGUCAUCGAACGGUACUGCGAAAUCAGAAGAAUCGAAUCCAACGUCGCCCGGGAGCGACGGUGUAGUGAAGGAAAGUGCAUCUGUGUUUGAACCUCGGAAUGAACUCGAGGGGUCAUUGAAUGAUACUGCGGAGUUAGGAAAUGCUGCAAAUAUUGAAUCGAAUCGAAAAUCACCACGGGCAGUGAAGGAAAAAGCCGCUGCUGUUGAACCGCGAACUGAUCUCGAAGAUUCAUCGAGUAGUACUGCGGAGUUAGGCGAGACUUCGGAAUCGCACGAAGUGCGUCCGAGGACCAGCAUUGCACCUGAAGAAUCUACGGCAACGCAAUCGCGAUGUGUUAACUUGGGACCAUCAAAGCGUGCGCUAGAAUCAGAAGAGUUCUCAAACUUAGAAUCGGGUGAUUUGGCGCUCGAGUUUGACGUCGAUGUGGAGGCACUAGUUCCCGCGGUGAGAGUGCCUCGUGGCAAAGCAGAGCUGUCAGUGUGUGCUCCGGAGGAAGCUGCCGGUCCCAACACGAGGUUGAAUUCGAAAUGUGGCGAGCAGGGUUCGAGGAAUGAUUCUGCAGUGAAACUACGUCAGUGUAGCUCAACACUGCCAUCUGUGAAUUCGUUGACAUCUCUGGUAAAUGGGGCUAAGGACGUAGACGUAGAGGAGGACGUAGAGGCAAUGGUUCCUGCUGCGAGACUGUUUCGUAGAAACGCGGUGCCUUUAGGUAUUUCGAAGGUUUUGACUGAAAAGAGAGCAACAAAACCAACCAACCCGAAGUCCAAAUUGAGAACGCUUGGAGCGAGGCCGGAGGAUGAUGCCACUCUGAAACGCCCACGACGACGAUGUAGAACACAGAAAUCUGCGAGUCUGCUGGCGACAGAUCUUCAGGUAAAAGAAGGUGUAAUUGCUGAAACGAUGCUGGAGGCGCAGGACGCGGAUGUGGAUGUGGAAGAAGUGGUUCGUGCCACGAGAUUAGCAACACGGCGAAACAACGCGUGGUCAUCUGGAGCUCUGGAAGAAGCGUGCUCAAAAAGACGACAGCGGGGCACAACAGGGCCGUCUGGUAGUUUUGUGGUUGGGCUUCAGUUAAAGGACGCUGCAUAUAUUGACGCGGGGCUGACGCCAGACACGGAGCUGGACGUGGAAGCAGUGGUCCCUGCGGCGAGAUUGCAGCGUAGCAGGGCGAGUCUAUCGAUAGGUGUUUUGGAGAAAGUGUCUGAGAAUAGAAUAAAAACGGACACCGGUGUGAGACGGACGACGAAAAGUAGGGAGGUUGAUGUUUCGAAUGAAAACGUCUCUACUACAAGACGUCUGCGGAACACAGCUGUGACAUCUUGGAGUUCUGUGAGUGAUCGUCAUGUAAAGGAGACUUCACGUACUAAUGAGAGUCCGAUGACGUCAGACGUGGAUCUAGAUGUGGAAGCAGUGGUCCCUGCAGUGAGACUGCGUCGUAGCAGUGCGAGUCAAUCGGUAGGUGUUUCGGAGAGAGUGUCUGAAAAUAGAAGAACACCUGGCACCGAAGCGAGGUCGACGUCAAAAAGUAGCGAGGUGGAUUCAGAUGAGCAAGCCUUUACGACGAGACGGCGUCUGCGGAAAAAAGCUGCUCGUUCUUCAGCGGUCGAUCCUCGUGUAAAUAAACCUGCAGACACUGAAGCGCUCCGAAUGACGCAAGGAGAGGAGUUCGAUGUAGAGGAGCUGGUCCCUGCCACGAGAUUGCGACGUGACGUCCCGUUGCGGACUGCGGGUACGUCGGAGGACCACGAAACUAAAUCGUCGCGAGAUCCUAGCGUGUGUAGGAAGACGCGAAUAUCGGAGACGGAAGUAGAUCAUUUAACGCCCGUAAACGGACUGCAACGCGGCGCGUCCGGGCUACAAUCCGACACUCCGGAGGCGGAACUUAGAGCUACUUCCACAGCGAUGAAACGACACCGUGCUGCGGAGGGGCCGUUGACGGAUGUCUUGGAAACCACUUCCAAUGAUGAGAUAGAAAUGGAGGAAACGGUAUCUGCCACGAGGCACGAGAUUGGCCCAAACGAACCAUUAACGAAUGCUUCGGAGCUCUCUCGUGACCUUCACGAUACUUCAAAGACCAAAUCGAGUCACACGAUGCGGGGAUCGAAAGAAGGCUUGGAAGAAACGUUAUCUGCGUCUGAACCAUACACAGAAGGUCCACUAAUUGGUAGAUUAGACACUCCCGAGGCCAAAGAAGGAGAAACAGAUUCGAGCAGGAAUAUGAGAGGGAUGGAUGAUGUAAUAGAAGAACGUUCACUAGAAAUGAGUCGUCUGCGAGACACAUCGGAAUCUGUAAAUAACUCUCAAGAGGCAACUUGCGAGUUGCAACAACGCGCAGAACCCGAAACGCGUCUAGGUUCCCGCGAUGUAGUGAAAUCUGCAACUCCUGCCUCGCCGGAACCGUUGGUGGGCAAACCGGAGGCCGUGGAUCGCGAAUCGAAGCAAGGUGUCAAGCGAGGGCCUGAGGAACAAGUGGAUCCAACCACCCGAACAAAAAGACAGCAAUGUGGGUCGGUAGUAGCCUCAACGGCCGCGACGACUGCGACGUCAGAUAUGUUGGGGACUGAGUCGAAUGUCUGUACGCAAGGCACAGACAUUGAAGCGUACGAAGUCACUGGUGUUACGAGACAAGUGUUUAAUACGACCUGCACGGGAUCGCAAGUUUCUGAUUCGGGUGCGAGCUCCGCUCCAAUCAACGGUCCAAACGAACCUCGGGAGCGGCUUGAAAGUGUGGGGGCCAUUACAGACACAGCGCGAGUGGACUUCGACGGAAACGAAGUGACCGCCAACAGCGACGCUGCGGAUCAAGCCCUCGACGAAUCGAAUGCGACGAGAAUAGAGGUUUCGGAACGAAGAGAGAUGGAGACGAAAAAGGAGGCACUGGAACGUAUCGGAGCUUAUUUGUUCCGGAAAGUGGGUUCCCGGACACUGACCCUUGUUCCGGUCGUUCGCAAGCUCGACGUGUCUGCAGCGGUGGGCGGCGCUGCGAAUGACAUGGCAACGGUAAAAGACGGAGCAGACGUGCCGGCCGCGUCUUCUCGGGCGGCGACCGAAGAAGCCGACGAUGACGACAUCGUGGAGGUGGCGAGGAUCAUCGCGCCGCCGAGGGGGGUUAUCGUGCGGGGCCCGCUGUGCCCACCCGGGCCCCCGCGGCCGAGCGCUAGCCCUCGUCCCGGGGUGAUCGUGUACGGCCGCCAUGUCGCAGGCCGCCGCCGCCGCCGUACCCAGUCACAGACGAGAAGGCCCGCGUGAGCAGCGAGAGU